AAAAGGUUCUUCCAGUCAUUUAGAGCAGACGGCAUUGUCACAGCUUAGGCCCAAGGCGCUCAAAGCUGAUUCCCGGACGUCUUUGUGCUGACGUACUGUGUGUGCUUUUUCCUGGCCCAGCCAUGAAUGCCACCUCGCCCAAGUCCUCGCUGGUCAAACUGGGCCUGCAUACCAACAAACAAAAGACGCUAAAGGUCAUGGUGCUCGGCCAGAGCGGCGUUGGUAAAACGGCUAUGGUUGUGCGUUUUAUUACACGCCGUUUUAUUGGCGAAUAUGAUCCGAAUUUGGAGAAAAUCUAUACCUGCCAAACAACACUGGACAAAGAGUCGGUUCAAUUUGACAUACUGGAUGCCACCGGGCAGCUGCACGAACUAGAUGGCGUUACACUGGAGUCCAACAUACGCUGGGCCGACGCAUUUAUACUCGUUUACUCCAUUACAGAUAAGUGCUCCUUCGACGAGUGCAGCCGGCUGAAGUUUCUCAUCAACUACAACAAGCGCAGACGCAAACUGGGCUCCGCCAGCAAGGUGAGCAGAUGGCUGGAAGAGAUCACGUUGAGAGACGUUGCAUUCCAGCUAUAUUUUUUGCAGGAUUACGCACUGGACAUACCCGUCAUACUGGUGGGCAAUAAGACAGAUCAGACUGGCGAUCGCAUGGUCAGCUUGGAGGAGGGACAACGUCGCUUUCGUGAGCUCUCUUGCGCCUGUUUCCAUGAGAUUUCUGUCAGAGAAAACGUCGACCAGGUACAAAACGUAUUCCGCGAUGUGUUCCGCUUCUGGCGCGUGUUUAGCAAAUUUCCAAAGCUCAAACGUUCCACCAGCGACGUGGCGCAUGCCGCCGAUGGCAUCUUGACGCCCGACUCUGGCUCCUGUUCCUUUUACGAUGCGCUGCCGUUGGGCGUGGCGCGACGCUCGUUCCUGGUGAUCGGCAGCGCCUGCCAAGAGGAGAGCGGCAGCGGCGAUCACACCGAGUCCACGGAUGACAUAGCCAGCAGCAGUUUGGGCAGCUCACGCAGCGAUAUCGAAGCACCCUUCCGGAAUCGCGCCUCCACCGAUGGCACACUGCUGUCCAGACCCAGACGUUGGCGCUAUCCGCCUCCAGGUUGUCUAAUACCGCACACGAAUCGCGUCGAGCGUCGCAUGAGCAUCUCGACGAGGGGCAGCAAUGCCAGCUACUGAACUGGUGUCCAUUUAGUUAGUCCAAAUGUUGCGCCAAAUAUACGUAUAGCUAAAUGUUCAAAUACUUAAAGCGAAAGCAUUUAUUUCAAUUUUACGAUUAUCUGUAAUGAGAUUUA